ACAGAUUACUUUCACUUUUUGCUACGCCGUGAACUUGUGAAGCCGAAGCUAGAGUUCUCUGAGGAUCUCGCGUCUACGUUUUAUUUUAUGGUCACCUCACGAACCGAUGACGUGGUGACUUUUACCAUAAAUAAACUCAGCUAAAUAAUGGUGUAUAAUUUAAAGUUCUAACUGUUCUACACAAAAACUCUACGAUGGGAAUGGAAAGAAAUAUCUCGGGGGCAAAAUCAGAGUACCUCUACCCCCCCGAGCUUCUGCAGAGGUUGGACUUCAGUAAAAGCCCUGCCACAUUCAAGCCAAAAAUAAGCGCAGCGCAGCCGGGUGAGGACUGGAUGGUUGUGAGACCCCUGCAGCGGUCAGAUUAUGACAAAGGAUUCCUGCAGUUGCUGAGCCAACUUACAAGUGUUGGGAAUGUCACACAAAAACAAUUUGAUGAGCGCUUCACGCAAAUGAAGCAGUCGGGCGGCUACUACGUCACCGUCAUAGAGGACACGCGCAUCAAGAAGUUGAUCGGCGCCGCCACGCUCACCGUGGAACAGAAGUUCAUUCACAACUGCUCUUUGCGUGGGCGACUUGAGGAUGUGGUGGUCAAUGAUACGUACAGAGGAAAGCAGUUGGGGAAACUGAUCGUAGUGACAGUUUCCCUCCUAGCACAAGAGGUCGGCUGCUACAAGAUGUCCCUAGACUGCAAGGAUAAACUCAUCAAGUUCUACGAGACCCUCGGCUACAAGAUGGAGCCCGGCAACUCUAACGCUAUGAAUAUGAGGUUCGAGGAUCCCUCCUGACAAUUAGCCGCCGGGACGUCCGACCUGCGCUCUAAACUGUAAGUCCCGCGCGCCGAGCAGUCUUCGCAACCACACGUCAUUACCCCACAGCACUACGCCAUAGCACUCAGCGUUCUCUACAUAUGCAUAAUACGCACGCGACUUAAUAAGUUACCAGUGUUUCCUAUUAGUACGAAUAAAG